UGUAUGGAGCCUAUGGCAACAAUUGAAAAGUCAAUUUCAAAUAUGUACAGAAAUUAUGAGAAAGUCUGUGAAAAAUUAGAUAAAUCUGCCCAUUGUUCUCAAAAAUGUUCUCUCCAAGACCAAUCAGCAUUCUUCCAAUACACAACUUUUUAUCGAAUACAUUGUAUUGACUUUGAGGAGGAACUUGAAUCUGUACUUCCUUGCCUUCGUGAAGCUGCUUAUAAGGCUGAUAUUGCAAAGAAUAACAGUUUUUUCUUAAAAGUUUGUCGAGAAAAAUGUGUGGCCAAGCAACCAGCAGAAAAACAAAUGAAUAAAGAAGAACGCCAAAAGCAGCUUUGCAAAAAUGUUGAAUGUGCCACAAUUUGUUAUGUAAAUCAAUUAAGUAAUUCAUGCCCAUCUGCUAAACAAACUUUAAUUAAAUUAAAUGUUCGUAUUGCAAAUGAAAUGCGUAGACUUACAAAAGAUGAGGAUUUUGAGAAGCUUUCAAGUCAAUGUCAAAGAGUUCAUUUAGGGGAAUAUUUACAAAAAAGAUUAAUUGAAUCAACAAAAUAA